AUGAAGCUCCUGCAUCAAAAGCUUAAACUACUGUAUGCCCGAAAACUGAAGCUUCAACCCGGCGAGCUGUUUAAAAGAAAGACUGCGGAGGCAGUAAGCGUUCCUGACUAUUCCCAAGUCCACGGUGUCAUGGACGAACUUCUGAACACCCUGCCGGACUAUUUCCUUCAGCUGGAGGAGUACUACGGAGAAGAAGGCACCAUCAAACUCUCAUCUGAUAAAACUUCGUCACCUCUCCAGAAACAUAACAGCGGACUUUGGCGGAAGGUGACAUGUGGAUUGAUGUUGCUUGUACUGUGGAGGUCAAAACACAGGAGUGGUGUCGCAGCGAAUCUGACUACUGAGGAGUGGGAGGCCAGGAGAACGGACUGUGGCAACACAGUUCUGACCGUGGCCAAACACAAAACAGGUGACAAGCAACCGGCCUCCAUCGUUUUAAACGAGAACAUGGCGGAAUACAUGCACCGGUACUACGCUCUACGAAACCGCGUCAUGACACGGGCUUGUGAGUUCUUCAUCACUAACAGGUGUCAACGGGUCGUCAAGCUAUACGACGAGAUAAACGAAAUUUAUAAAUGCAAGUUGUCGGCCUGCACGUUUAGGAAAAUGGUUGAGACCGAGUCUAUGGGCCACGCACCCGAAACGAGCAAAAACAUAGCAAAGUCCUUGCAGCACUCAGAUGUGGUAGCCGACGUUUUCUAUAGGUUGCCGGGCACACAAGAGGCCAUACGCCGGCAGCAACAUAUUGAUAUGGUCGAUCAGACUGCAAUGUUUGAGGUUGAACUUGUCCCCGUCAGUGAGGACAAUUGUCCUAGUGGUUCGGUCAUUUUUUUUCAAAACUCUCUCAGAUUGAACUUCGUGUUAACCGUCUUUCUACCCUAA